CUAACUUUCAAAGAACGAGUCAAACGGCUCACCAUCAAUACAACUUAUUCGGCGUUCCUUGAUUUAUUCCCAGGCUUGCUAUUGUCAAAUAUGUCAGAAUCCGAAGCUGCAGAUGCGUAUGCUAGCAACCAUAACACGAAAUCACCAGAUGCUGCCUUACCGCCACCCUCUUCAUCCAUAGAGCCAAGGUCCCAAUCUCCAGAAGCCACCACCGAAAAUCCAUUUGGCAGCGACGAUAGCUUCAUUGCCUUUGAUUUCAGUGAUGCAGAAGUCGGAGAGGGAGAAGAAGAAGAAGAAAGCGGAAGUGCGGAGGGUCCAGAUUCAAGACCUAAUGCUGAUGCUGAUCAGCAGCGACAGACCCGAAAACAGAAAACUGGUGUUUUGUCUAAGAUUGCCAGCUCAUUGAAGAUCAACAGUCGAGGAAAGAAACGCAAGCGAGGUGAGAUGGAUGAUGGAGAAAUGGUGGCGCUUUGGACCAUCGACCGAGACUAUUCUAAAGAAGCGGUGGUCUCAGUGUGGCUUCAUAAAGAGAUUCUUGAUUUUGUGGAUUUUAUUUCACCUGAUGCAGCCGAGGUUCAAGCGAGGGCAGCUGCGGUCGCUCGAAUACAGUCAUGUGUGAAGGGUCUGUGGCUUGAUGCCACUGUGUGCGUGUUUGGCUCGUAUGCUACGAACCUAUAUCUUCCGGACUCGGAUAUUGACCUGGUCAUCAUAUCGGACAAAGGCACGUACACCAGCAAAUCCAAUCUGUAUCAGUUAGCCAAUGCGCUGAAAGCGGCACGAAUAGCUAUCAACGUUGAGGUUAUCGCAAAAGCCAGAGUUCCCAUAAUAAAGUUCACCGAUCGAGAGAGUGGAAUCAACAUUGAUGUUUCAUUCGAAAAAUACGGAGGAGUGGUGGCAGCUGAUACGAUUUUACACUGGGUCGCUGAGCGCCCUGGACUCCGUGAGCUGGUGAUGGUGGUCAAAUACUUUCUUGCCAUUCGGGAGCUGAACAGUGUGCCUAAAGGUGGUCUCGGAGGUUUCGCAGUAGUUUGCUUGGUUUUAUCGUUUUAUCAGAUGCAUCCAAAAAUAUCUUCGGGAGAUAUACUACCCGAAAGCAAUCUUGGUGUCCUUUUAAUCCAGUUUUUCGAGCUGUAUGGAAAGCAUUUUAACUACGACAGAGUUGGAAUAUCGGUCACAGAACCUGGCAGCUAUUUCGACAAGAACAGGAAUUAUCGUUUACAGAGUCGAGGAAAGUACUCGUUGGCGAUCGAAGACCCGAACGAAAACACAAACAAUAUAAGUAGAGGCACCUACAAUUUACGAAAUAUUAGGCGUGCAUUCGGCGGUGCCUACGACCUCCUCACGACGCAGUGCUAUGAGAUGGAUGCGAUCAGUCGACGUCAAUGGAAGAACAAAUCUCUUCUCGCGCCAUUACUGGUAAAUGACAAUCUACAGCGUUGAGCCGUAAAGAAGCUUUUCGCGACUGAUUUCUGCUUUGACGAGGUGCUGAUAUCGCUGUGAUUACUACCAACAUGGCUGCCACCAAAAAGUCGACCAAGUGUCAGACUACCGGGCGUGCAGAUAGUGGCUUCGCCACAAGAAACUGCGGUACGUGUCCAGGCACCCGAUUGUUUCUUUCUAUGCACAGACAUUUUAU